GUCUGAAUUGACGCACUUCCCCUCUACUCUAACAGACACAGAUCUUAGAACAAGUUGUUUCCUGAAUGUAACAGUCAUUUAGCACACUAACGGCUUAUAACACACGUGGAAAUCUACAUGUGCUUAGUUGGGGGUAAAACUAAACAUCAAACAUGAAUCAAAGUGGCAAGAUAGAUAAUAACACCCUGUCUAUACUUCAAACCAAAUGGGUUAGUGACAUUAUGUCAGCCAUCUAUGUCAUUGUGACCCUGGUGAACGUCUGUGGGAAUGGCCUUUCCAUGUGGCUGCUGUUGUUCCGCACCUACCCAAAGACCCCUUCUAUCAUCUUUAUGAUCAAUCUCACCAUUACUGACCUGGCAAUGGGCUUAGCACUCCCUUUCCAAAUCAUGUACCAAUUGCAAGGCUACAACUGGACUCUGGGCUCAAGCAUGUGCAACGUACUAACAGUCACCUUCUUUGUUAACAUGUAUUGUUCUAUUUUGACAAUGACUGCUAUAAGCGUUGAACGCUACAUGGGUAUUGUGAAGCCGAUGCGCUUCAAACGGGCAAAUGUGAAGACAAGGUAUGCAAUUAUUGCAUGCAUCUUUAUGUGGGCCAUAGUCCUAGCAGUUCUCAGCCCACUGGAGAAGACGGAUUUGACAUUCUACGUGCCUGAGCUCAACAUCACCACCUGCUUUGACAUCCUAAAGAAGGACAUGCUCCCAUCACUUGCACACUGGACAGCCUUCCUGUUUGCCAUGUUUUUUGUUCUGUUCCUCUGUCCCUUCAUCAUAACGGUGUACAGCUAUAUAAGGAUCAUCUGUGUUCUUAUCAAAAAUUCCAAUAGCAACCAGAAAGAGCGUGCUGUUCGCCUUGCUUUUAUUGUCAUGUUUGUGUUUAUUGUCUGUUUUGCACCCAACAACAUACUACUCUUAGCCCACACAAUCACAAAGCUGUACUAUAAAAAAUCUCUCUACAUGUACUAUAAGCUGUCCCUGUCACUUAGCUGCAUCAACAGCUGCCUGGAUCCAUUCAUCUAUUAUCUAGCCUCGAAGGAUUUCCGUCGAAAGAUGAGACAGAUGUUGAAGCUGCAAAACCUCAGCAUGGUGGAUAUGAGUGAAAUGAGUGAAUGCCGCAGAGAAAGUUUCCAUUCAGCUCGUACUGGUUCUAUUGGUAAAGCAGAUGAUAAACCAUCUAUUAGUCGGGUCAAUUCGAACUCAUAGUUUGUAUAUGUUUGUAUAUGAAAGUGGUUUAACUUCUUGUGUUUUUGUUCAGUAUUCACUUUCUUUAAGUAUGAAGAGGAAGCAAGCAUACUCAUGUGAUAUUUCUAAUGAAAUUCCACAUUUGUAGAGUGAGCCAUCCUUCCUCAUUGUUGGUGGAUUUAUUAUUUUUUUUACAAUGCUUUUACAGUAAAUAUUUAAACAGUGUGUUUUAUGUCUUUUUGUAGCAUUUGCAUAUUUUUCAAGUUUUUCAUAUAAGUUAUGGAACUAAUUAUAUUACAUUUAUUUGCCAGUAUUAUCCUUACAUUUUAAGUAUGUCAAUUCCAUUAAUAUUAUUUGAUUGACAUGCACUUUUAAGGACUGCUGAGAUUUAAAUUGUAGCUUGUACUAAAGCAUCUUAGCUAAAUUUGUCUAUUCGCUUCAGUA